AUGUACUCUGCUCCGACGUUAUCUUCAUCCGGAAGCUCCCUCUUAUGGCGGAACCGUACUACACCUCCACCUCCGCCUUCGUUCAAAGCUUUCUCUUUUCCCUUCUCUUCCAGUUUAGGGUUUAUCCACAGAACAUCAAUUUCCCAUCUUUCUCGUUCCGCUCAAAUUUCCUCCCUGGCGCAGACCCAGCCUGCCCCUGAAUUCAAUCCGUCGUGGUAG